CCCAGUGGCUCUGAACAAGCGAUUCAGACAAAGCACAACCAGAUCUGGUCGAUGGCAACCUCAAAUAUAGCGUUUGGCGCAUCGGUAGCCCUAUUUCUGUUGUUGUGGGCUGGCGCAGGACAUUGUCAGGUUGGCUACGUGCGUCACUUGUCGGAACUGCGGAUCAAGGAGCUUAAGGACUUAGCGGUUCGUAUGCAAAACUCAAUUAACCCCGACAAGUAUGCCUGCGAGAGUUACUUUGACUACGUCUGUAGCCGCAAUCGUCCGCUCUUCUCGAUCAUGGGACACAUGCCGCAGAUGAGCGAUCUUAUGCAGUUGCUGACUGAGCUCCAAAAUGACCCAGAGCAGUUUGAGGCAAAGCAAAAGAUGAUGGACUUUUUUAUCUCCUGUAACUCACAGCACGCAUUGGAAGACUGCUAUCGUGAAACCUUUGAGUACUUCAAGCCGCUUUUCGGGUACAUUGUUACAAAAAACCUCCUCAAUGGAGGAUCCCAUGAGUUGGACGACUUUCUGGGCAUUUUAGACCGCUUCGUUGCCAGAAUGCAAAAAGAAAGAGAGUCAAAUCCCGUUCUCGGUAAACUGGCAACGUACAAGCAGAAGUUCAAGACGCCGCGCAUCUACUUCCAUGCCAGAGACCUAAGCCAGGAAUAUAGGGACGUGCGCAUCUAUCGGGAGAGCUACGAGCAUAACAUCCGCAACCUUGAGCUGCACCGAAAACAGAAUUCGACCUACGAGCUGGGGGUUCAGCGAACAAUGCUGGAUUGGAGCAUGUACCUCUUUCAGAGCCGGAACAAGCCCAUGUCUUACUACUACUCCACAUUCACCGUGCACUUGUACAUGAUGGUUUUUAACAGCCGGGAGCGUCAGCGCGAUUUUACGCGAUUUCGCGAAGAAGUAGAGUGUCUGAGGCUGCCGCAAUUUGUCAAUGUACUGGACGAGGCCAGAAUGCUGGCCGUGAUCUACUUAAAAAGUUUCCGGGCCGCCUGGAUAGACUACAGCGCCUGGACCAACGCGCCACCACAAAACAAUGGGAUUUACGAUCAAGAGAACGGUAUCCUUCAGAAAUACCACCUUGACAAUAAGCGCAUCUUUUUUACACUCUAUGCCCAGAACUUCUGUGAGUUUGGCAAGGAUCUGGCCGAGCACGUCUUCUUUCUGGGCCUCAAGCAGAAUAAAGACUUCUUUGACAUAUACUCAUGUGGUUUCCAAACGGAAAACUCUAUGACGUGUGUUUAAUUGAUCGAACUUUGUAUUACAAUAAUCUCUACAUAUAUAUGAUUUUAAGAUAUAAUAUAUAAAGUAAUUCAUAAAAAAUUGUAUAUAUACCACGGGACGAAGCGGACAAGGAAAGUGUGCGAUGGCGACUACUAUUUAUCAAGCGAAAACACCUUUUAACGAGGUAAAAGGUCGUGACGAUUGCACAUUCAACAUACAAAACUACUGAUAUCAAAUUUUGUGUCGAACAAUUAUUAUACAUUCGCCUAAAUAAAUACACUUCCGUACA